GAUUCGCUUAUAAGUAGCCAUUUGAAGUGACUCGCUAGCCAUAUUGUCGAGCCAACUUUUAACUCAAGACAAGUGAGCUCACAAGUUGGGUUCAACAAACCCUCGAAUCGAGCUGGCUCAUGAACCUUGCGAGCGGAAGAAAAUUUAGGUCAAAUUUAAUUCCUUUAUAAACAAACCAAACCACAAAUGAGUUUUUAUCAAACCCAACACCGAAAUCCUCACGAACACAUGGAUUGCUAGAUCAAAAGCUCCAUUAAUAAACUUCCUUUUUCCCAAAACAAAGAGAAAAAGGGGCACAAGAAAAAUCCCUGCCGAGUGUCUGUCUUUGUUCAGUGGCUUCAGUCAGUCAAAUCAGUUAGACAGAGUGAUCAGAGCGAGCUACGAAUUUUCUCUUCUCUUCUUCCAGUCAAUUAUAAAACGCAAAUGGAAUCAUCGCCUCCCUAAAUCCCUUGUCUUUGUUCUCUAGUCACACUCACACCCUUCCUUCUUCUCCCUCGGCUAUCCCGCUUCCCCCACACAGCACCUUCUCCUCCGUUUCUCACGCCAUUUUGAUUUCAUUAACAUUCAACCGCCCUCGUCUGUAACAUAUCUCUCACACUUGUCUGUUAGCCUUUCCCCGCAACCGCAACCUCAACCUCUCGGCGACCGGAAUCUGCUUCUUCUUCUCUGAAGUCCGCAACACUUGCUACUUCUGCCAACUGCUGACCUACUAUCUUCACCGGCCAGCUCCCGCAGUCCCCACCGUGCUCUCUUCUCAGGUCUCGUUCACUCUCUCUCUCUCUCUCUUAUGAUUUCUCAACAGUUUCUUCUUCAUCUGUUCAGUUUGUUUUGACUCCAGAAAGUGUGUUUACGUUACUUAGAUUCUUCCUCAUUGCACGAAAAUCCAAUCGAGCGAUCGACCGUCGCCGGCAAUUCGUUGCCUCGAUUUCGACAGGAAAACUUUACUGUUGUUAUGGCGAUUCUUCACUUUUUUGAACUGAUUAAUUAAUUGAACAAAUCUUUCUCUUUGUAGCUUUUACUGAACUUUUGGCUGUUUGUGUGGGUGGGGGCUUUUUCUUUUCGUUGAGAUUCGUGUGGGUGGUGGGAGCGUAGACUUUUGCGCUCCGUUUCACUGUGUAAAAAUCACCGUUCGUUCACAGUCAGUCGGUAUUGUAUUGAUAAUGGUGGAGGAGGACUGAGGAGGAAGAAUCCCCAACCUCCACUCACUAAUUUAAUGCGUAAAAUCCGUUGGGUAGUUUGGGUUUCCCUUAUCUCAAACCCCCAUUACCCGGUUUUCUUGUCCCUCCUCUCUCUCUCUCUUAACUUUUGCUUAACCAAUAAUAAUCCCAAACCCAAACAAUUAUACAGAAAGAGAGAGUAGAAGCUUCCAUUUCUUCACACUACUCAUUAUUAUCUUUAUCACAAGCUGAUUGGCUGUUCAUUACCCACGGGCACGGCUGGGUUGGGCCAUAACAAUAUCUUGCUUGCUUGAUUUUGAGCAGGGAAUUAAGGGGAGGGAGUAGGGAUGCUGAUGCGGAGCAGAUUGGCUUGCUGCACUCGGGACAGAGGGAUUAGCAUCGACUUCGAUGAACACGAAAGUAGGAUAAUGACCUAUGAUGGCCUGGAGAGCUGUAUUCAAAACAAUCAAUCUUAUGAAAAUGAAAGCGGGACAAGCAGAGGCGAUGGAUUUGUAAGCGACUCAUUGGAUGAUGGCGCUUCCAGCUGCUCAUCGAGCAAAGAUGUUUUUGGGUCGUUCUCUUCUAAAUGGUUGAGUGUGAAAAGGGAUGAUCAGAGUUCUGAUGACUGGGAGCUCCCAGAAAGCCCUCACCACUUUUAUGCCAAAGAGAAACCAGCUUAUGGUAUUGGGCUCUCAGAUGUGGAGACAAUGAAGGAGAAGUUUGCCAAGCUGUUGUUGGGAGAAGAUAUCACUGGCGGCAGUAAAGGCCUCACUGCUGCCUUAGCAUUGUCCAACGCAAUAACAAGCCUGGCAGCAUCUGUUUUCGGGGAGCUAUGGAAAUUGGAGCCAUUGCCUGAAGAAAGAAAGAACAAAUGGAGAAGGGAAAUGGAUUGGUUGCUUUCUCCCACGAACUACAUGGUUGAGUUGGUUCCUGCUAAGCAAAAUGGUGCAAAUGGCCGUACCAUGGAGAUAAUGACUCCCAGAGCCCGUGCAGACAUCCACAUGAAUCUUCCUGCACUUACAAAGUUGGACUCUAUGCUAAUUGAAACACUAGAUUCAAUGGUGAAAAAUGAGUUCUGGUACUCAGAAGUGGGCAGCAAAGCUGAAGGAAGAAACAAGAGUACAAGGCAGAGCACAAGGUGGUGGCUUCCACUACCCCAAGUUCCCACAGCUGGACUAUCUGAUACAGAAAGGAAGAAGCUGAUGUACAAGUCCAGGGUUGUCUAUCAAGUAUUCAAGGCUGCCAAAGCCAUCAACCAGAGCAUUUUGCUUGAAAUGCCUGUCCCGUCCAUGAUUAAAGAUGCACUUCCCAAGUCUGGACGGGUGAAUCUCGGGGAGGAACUGUACAAAGUAUUGACAAUGGAAUCAGCUAGAAAAGAGGAAAUGCUCAACUCUCUUGAUCUGAAAUCUGAACAUAGUGUACUUGAAGCGGUGAACAAGUUGGAAGCUGCCAUAUUGGGGUGGAAAGAGACGAUCAAAGCAGCACAAGUUGGCAAGAAGUCCCCCAUUAGAACCUCCUGGUCUUCCUUUGGGAAAGACCCUUUAUCUGAGCUAGAAAAGGUGGAGAUCCUUGUAGACAGAGCAGAAUCCAUUGUCCGGCAACUUAAGGCUAGACAUCCGAAUCUUCCUCAAACAUUUCUUGAUGCUUCUAAAAUCCAAUAUGGCAAGGACGUUGGACAUGCAAUCCUUGAAGCAUACUCCAGGGUUCUGGCUAACCUGGCAUGCAGCAUAUUGACAAGAAUAGGAGACAUUUUGCAAGAAGAUGCUGCGAGCAAUCCCAAUUCUGCAGCAACUACUCCCAACUGGGACCAAGUUGUUGGAUCCGGGUUCGACAUGGCAGGUGGUGUGCAUGGAUCGAAGCUGCGCCUGGGGGAGUUCGAUGAGGCGAAUAGCAAGGUGGAGGGGAAGUUGCGGUAUUCGGAUGCUAGCAAUUCGGUUUCCGACUGGGAGUUUUGCCUAAGCGAACCGAAGUCGAGCUCGUCUGCGAACGAGACCCCCAGCCGGAGUAGAGUAUGGUGCAUCGGCAGAGAGGCUUGUCUCAGCACCACGUCUCCCAGAAACUCGCCAUGACAGCUGAAAGUAUAAGAUUCUAGAACUUGGUUGAUUAUUAUGGAAGCCUGAGAGCCGCUGAUUUCCCCUCCCGAAUACGUUCUUUGUAAAUAAUGUAUUGCUGUCAGUUGCUUUGUGGCAUAUAUAAUUUUUGGACGUCUUGAAAACUUGGGGAAGGAAGUGAAAUUUUAAGAAGCCUAAUUUUGUGCAGACUAUAACAACCGAACCGGGUAGCAAAGCUUUUGGCAUAGAAUAGAAUGUACUCACUGUU